AUGAACAUUCCGCAGGUCCGGGUCCGAAAAAAAAGUGCUGAAAUCUCUUUCGCAGACUACGGUAAUUAUAAAUCGGACGACGAAGAGGUCUUUUGAAAAUUGAGCUUUAGAUCUAAACUACCACUUCUUAGGAACCUACUCAAGAAAACCAAAGGGUAAUCGAUUUGAACGAUCCACUGGAUGCUGUGGACUCUAAUCGGGAACAGACUCACGUUGUGGCCGCAGGCAGCCGUGGAAGUGAAAAAUUUCAAUUGACUCGCCCUAAAAAAAUGUUUCAAGUCCUACAAAUUGUGAAGCUUCAACUUCCUGGAACUAGUCGUGAUGGGAGUAUAUACCAACCGCCAUCCAUAAUAAAGGACAUCGAUCUUCGAGCUUAUAGACGUGGGAAAAUGAACAUACUGUACUCUUCCAGCAGCGUUUCAUGGAAUCAAAUUCGAGGUUCACUUUUCUCGAGUUUGGUCUUGAAAUGUUAUGUUUUUCGUUGAGUUUGGUCGGAAAGUUUUGUUAAAACGGAUUUUAAUUUUCAUUGAAAAAGCUUCGCCGGCAUACAUUUCUUCACACUUCAAAACAGAUUCGAUUUCGUAACAAAAUUUUCUUGAUAAUUCUCUGUUUCAGAUGAACUUAUCGUCACUGCUUCGCCGAACGGAUCCAUCGUGCUCUGGAACGUGUACAGGAAAAAUAGUUUUUCCUAUCAAAUGUUUCAUUUGAAAAUCGAUUGUUUCAGUAAAAGAGAAUAUAUACAAAUCUCACGAGAGAACGGCUACUUGUGCGAAAUUCCAUCAUCAAAAUGGCAACUUGUUGAUCUCAGGUUAACCGAUUUCUCUGUUUGGGAUAGACAAUUUCUCGAUUUUGAAAGUAUGGUUGUACUAAGAGUUAUUAUUAGAGAGCGAAUCAGGAAAAAGUAUUCAUCGGAGAACAAAAAAAAAGAAGUAAGUCGCUGAAUAGGCUUGAAACAUAUCUGUUUAUUGUUGUCUUGCUUUUCGAAAUUCAAACGCGAAAAUUUGUCAAAUUAAUUGGUUUUUGCGGACCUUAUGAAAGUUCAGAUUUUCAUGACCUGUGAAAUCACCUAAUCUAUUUUGCAAUGCAAUCAACUAGUAUGUCGUUUAAGGGUCGCGAGACUGCCACGUCAUGAUGUACGACACCCGAGUCGCCCAGAAACACGUCGCCGAUUUUUUGUACGUUCAUCGCAAUUCUUUGAUCCUUAUUUUCUAUAUGAUUUAGUUUUAGAGAUAACCUUUCUUGCUCGAGCAAAAGAAAAACCAGUAGAGUUGAUAGCCAAAGAUAAUUUUGCAAAUUUAUGUUUUUUUUUUUUAUCGUUUCACGUCUGGUUCGGUCGUACUGCGGUAGUUUUGAUAGCUCUUUCGGUAAUUAAAUGAAAGCUUGUGCUCUUUUUGUGACGUUUUUUGAUAACCUCGAGAAAUAGGUCCUUAACAAGUUGCGAAAAAAAACAUUAAGAAAGGUUGUAUUGAAAGUUUUUUUUCUCCAGUGAGGGAACAUGUGAAGCAGUGCGAGAUGUAGCUUUCGGACUGCACGAAGGACAGUUCGACACUUUCUUUUCUGGAGAUGACAGCGGCGCGAUUCGAUUGUGGGAUCUUCGCAACACCAACAAGUAUUAUUUCCAGUCUUUGUUUUUGCUAGUUGCUGUAGCGUUAUUUGAAGGCAAGAAAACUGAUUACGGCCUUUCAUGGCCCAAAGUUAAAGAAAGUUUUUUCAUCGUGUUCAAAUUAAUUCCGGCAAAGAUCAAAUUUUUGUCUUGCUGAUCCUGGUAUUUAUUUAUUUAUUUUUUCUCGAUUUUAGGAAUAAUCUUUUUCAUAUGUACCUUCUCUCCCGUUUUUCAAAGAGAGGAGAGUCGCAGAGAAGUCAUUAGCAUACGAACGAAUUUAGUCAAGCGCAAGAGAGAGAGGAAAUCAAAAGAGUGCGCAGGCGAAAAACAGAAGCUUCGCCAGUGGAUCGGCAUUGAGAGAAUUAAUUAUGUAUUUUCUGGUUGAUUGCAGAGUUUUCUUCAUUUUCAGAGCAUAUGGCUUUUUUUUUCAAAGCUGACGUGCUAUCAUCGGAAAACGCAUAUUUUUUGAUUAAGAAUAAUAAAAUCGAUCCACGGCAGUAUGCAUUUCAUUGCAAACUACGCUCCUUUUGUUUUCUUCACACAUUUUUUUCAUUUUUAUAUAAUAUAUACAGCAUAUAUAUAUAUUUCCUUUUUUUUAAAAAGUUUACACUUGUUGAUUUGAGGCCUGUCCUACAAAGAACGGCCCACAAUGCAUUUGUGUCCACAUUAGCCCUCAAUCCAAAAGAAAGACAUCUUCUGGCGACAGGCGGCGGACGCGACAAGUUCGUCAAGGUGAUUAUUUUUUUGAUCAAAUUAUUCCAUACGGUAUCUUCUAUAAAUUCGCGCGUGAAUUCGUUGAACUUGAAAGCAGCGGCGCCAAUUUUUUCAAGGUUUCAGCGCCUUUUGUAUUGAAAAAAAGUUAUUUCAUCAAGCUUGUUUCUGUUUCAGUCAUUAUAUCAGCUCGACCAGUCAGAUUCCACAACAUGAAGUGGAGAAAAUAAAAUAAAUUUUCUUACGAUUUCCGGGCGUUUUGAGGUAUGGAGCUUUGCGGAAGGCACGAUCGAACGCAGGUUCGUAGUGGAGACGAUGGCGCCGUUGGGAAGAGUUCUGUGGCGUCCCGACCGCCCUUACCACGUCGUCAGUUGUGCUAGUAAGCGAUUUUUGUCAACAACUUCAAAUGAUCUAAUCAAAAUAAAACUCUUUUUUCAUAUUAUUUAGGCUUGGUGUCUCAAAACAAGCAAAUAUCUCACAGACUUCAAUGUUUUGUCGAGUAAAUUCAAAAAAUAGUUUCCACAGAUCAGCUGUUAGAUUUAUUUGAUUGAUUUGAUUGUUUUGAUGUAUUAUUUUUUGUAUUUGUCGUGCAGAUUGCGGAAUGGCGAAUAAACACUUGAAAUGAAAAUGAAUGAAAUGUUCAAAAUGGAUUUAUAAAACAAAAGAAGAGAUUUUUUUCUCUUGCUCUCACAAUCUUUUUUUUCAUUGCUUUUCACUUCGUGAACCUUCAAGUAGACAAAAUGCUUCGCGUUUCGAUGUAGCGGAUCCUUUGACAGAUUCGAAGCUCAAAAAACUAAGCAGGGCUGUAAAAAGUCGCAUUUUAUGGACCGCGAAGUCUCGCUCAGGUCAUUAGAGUUAUAUUUUGCCUCUGUUGUCAAAACCAAGCCGCCCUGACUCUGGAGAUUGAUUUCCAGGCGUCAACGACAUGAACGUGCACGUUUGGGACAUCCGGAGGCCUUACAUUCCCUACGCGACCUACGACGAACAUCGCGACAGUGUCACAGGUAGUUCAUCUGCUUCCCAUGGCUGUUGAUUAUUUUCGGCGGCAGAUGUUUGGUGGCCCAAAAAUCGUGCGGAUCUUUUCGUUUCUUCUGGCAAAGACGGCCUUCUCAUUUUGCACUCUGUCGAUUCUGGACAUGUUGAAAAUUCUCUGAUUCGAAUGCCUCAAUAUCUUUUUCAGAUGCCGAUUUCCUACGCUUGUGACGUUCCUUUCGACGUAACUCCAGACGGCGUCUUGGGAAUCGCGGGUUUGUUCAAGUUUAUUAUUUUUGAAUUUUUGGCUGGAAUGAAGUUCUCGGGUUUGUUUUUUAUUGCGUUAUCAAAAAUAUAAGAAAGGCGAUUCUUUCUGACCUCGCAAUUUUUUCGAAAGAAAUUUUGAAGAUAAGAAUCAUUAUGACAAAAUUUAGGCUAAAAUUGAAUCUUUAUGGAUAAGGGAAAUGGCGUAAAGAAUUUCAGUCAAUGUUCUUCGAAACAAUGUGAACGAACUAGUACAUUUGAAAGUUCUGCAGUGAAUUCGGAGAUGCAGUCGAAAGUUCUCAACGAGAUGGAUCCGAUCCCGUUAGCAGCGAAGAGUGCGACCACUUCCAGAGUAAAAACUUCCCUCGCUUAUCCGAGAAAUCGAGUUUUUGUGGCAGGCGUCGUACACCAGACGCCGCAAUCAACGCAAGGACCGCAAGUACGAGUCUUUCCGCGCUCCGAUCCGCAGCAUCUUGACGUGUGGAGUGCCAGACAACGUCAGCGACUCUAUCCAUCCUGACGCCUUUUACGAAAUCGCGCGCAGGUUUCAGCUUUCUUUAUCGUCUUAUGGGGAAAAAAAGAAAGAAAUUUCUGGAAAGAUAACGAUUUUCUGGUCGAAAAAGCGAUGUGAUUUUCAAGAAAAACUAAAUUUCUCUAUUCAAAAUACAGUUCGAUAAGAAAACAUGUUAUAUUCAAUGUUUGAAAUGGGGUCUGAGGCAGUCAGUUUUUCAAAUAUCAGCAUUGAAAUAUAGAAUAAAAAGGCCCAACUCUAGUUCAUGAUAUUGAAGUUUGAAGUUUAUGUUUAACUUGAAAAAAACACUUCUAAAGUGAAUUUUUCUUUUCUAGAAGUCUUCCCACUUUUUUUGAUCAUUAAGACAAUAGCUAUCUGUAAAAACCAACCAAGUUUGCUUUGAAUAUUUUUUUUCGAGCUACAAUAAUAUGGAAACUUUGAAAGUUUGGUCAUCAGGUAUUACCUCGGAGGCAAGCCGUUGAGGUUCAUGUGUGCCCACAACGCUAGAGUGGCUCGGAAGUUCGGCAAAGAGCAUGUCUCCCAGACGUGGAAGGUCAUCGACGCGCUCCUUGAACAGUCCGGCAUUCAACAAGUCCUCCUUUCCUUUAUCCUUCCUCCAAUCUCGUUCAUUCAGAUCUACGACGAAGAUGCGCGAGUUUGGGCCGAGGAGGAAGAGCGAAAAUGGGAAGUGUGAGUAUGGAUUCGCUAGAGAAAAUUAAAAUCUAGGACAUAGAACUCACUAACGAACUCAAAUCGCGCUCUCUAUUGAGAAAAACGUGUAUUUUUUCUUUCUUUGGUUUUUCUACGCAAUAGAAGAAUAUUGCAACAUCAAUAAGAAAAUGCUCAAGAUGCUCUAGAUUUUUCUUGAUUAUUCACGGGGAAAAUGACAUUUUACUGUCCUGCCUCGAUCAGAGCGAACUCAAUCUGUAUUUUUUCUCUCUCAUCAAACUGAAAAAGGAAAAAAAGGAAACAGGGAAAAUGAUUAAAUUUCUGAUCCCCUUCUCCAAUUGAGAUGCCCUGUUGAAGGAUGAGGAAAGAAGUGAUGAAAGAGGGGAAAAUGCCGCUGCCCAGCGCCGUCGACCUGCAGGUGAGCUACGACAGCAGCGAGGCGUUGACAGAGGUCCUCACUCCCUUCGGCUACAGACUCCGUCGUGAUCCCUACGAGGUCCAGAGAGACGAGGACUACGGCGGUCCGUUCAUUUCUAUCUGCUUUCUGCCAAACCCCCAUUUUCGGAUGGCUUAGCCUUCAGCUCAUUUUUUAGUCUACCAAUCCAAUGAAAAAUAAUUUAUCCUCAGAGUUUUGAAUAUUCAUUUUAUUUAGAAAGCGUCGAGCUCUCCGACGACUCACUGGGCAUAGGGAAGGAUAUCGCCGCCAAAGAUUUUUACUUUGGCGUCGGCGAGGCAAAUUUUACAAAGGUCUUGAAAAAGUUGGUUUUUUCUCUACGUCAGUGAGAUUGAAGUCUUUUCACAGAGAAGAUCCACACUUGAACGAAUUCAUGGGCCUUCGGGACGAGGCGUUCGAACUGAGAAACGAGAAAAUUGCUGAGAAGUUUUUCACGUCGAAAAAUUCGCGUAGUUGUUUGCGAUUUUUGAAGUUUUUCUUGGUUUUUUCAGCUCGCGGCCCUCAAUGGCAUCCUAUGAAAGAAAUAGUGAGUCUUCUGCGGUAUCACUCUGAACAAGUUGGCCUCUCGAGUCUUUUUCCUAGAGAAAGAGAAUUUUGAAGGGCGACGUGCAAACCUGUGCUUCUGUAGUGUUGGUGUGCGGCCGGAAGCUUCUGGAAGUGCUCGACUCCUUCACGGCCACUUCUUGGAUCGAGAGCUACAUGGGUCAGUUUCCAGUACUUUCUUCAUUACUCCUUCCGAGUUUUCUUUUGUGUUUUUUCUGAAUGAUACAUAUCAAGCAAAGGGUUUUUGAAUCGAUUUCGAACGAGUUAAAUUUAAAAAGCUGCUGCUUCCACGAAUUUCGUCGACUUGUUUUUUUUUCUUUUGGAAACAGAAAACACGCAUACCUUCUUUGUGAUUAGGCCGGAGGCUACUGAAAUAAGUUCUAAAUCGGGUUCGGUUUUUAUAAAAAGAUUUGAAAAAUGUUUGAAGUUCCCCUAGAUUGCCAAAGGCGAUUGUUCGAUAUUGAUUCAAAAGUUCAUGUUCGCCGCCUAGUAGACUACAUCUUCAACUAAAGGAAAGAAAAAGGGAUUGAUCGAAAUGUUGAACAGGACCUAUAAAAAUUUAUGGAUCUUUCCUAAUUAUCCUCGAUCACAUUUUGAGUUUGCAGAAAUGCUCGACCGCUUGGAGCUGUUCGUUACCGUGGCGCGUAUCAAGAAGUACUGCGCUAUUUCGAGAAUCAACCAAAUGUCGCGCGAGGUUCCCUCAGCAUCCCAACUCGAGCUCAGUUCUUGACAGGGAGCCUUCGCCCGUCUGGUCCACGUCGACUGCGACUCUCAGGUCACCAACGGCCGCUGCACCAAGUGCGAAGAACUCGUAGUUCCCGAGUGCUCCGUCUGGUACGUCUUCACAGUUUAGCAGUCCCCCGUCGGCUAAUCUCUUUUUUUCCGAGUAUUCAAACUGUUUCACUCUCGACGUUUGUCAUGAAUGACCUAAAACAAUUUUUUUUUUCUCGCAAAUUGUAAAUUCAGUACAUGCCUUGUUUUUUUAAAAUUUCCAUGCAAGAACUUUGGAACGGUAUACUUUUUUUCUUGGUUGAGAAGCCAAACGAAUGAACAUUCACGCUGACCGUUCAUGCAUACGGCCCUUUUCUCAGUUCAUAGCUUUUUUCAGUCGAAAAGUCAUCAUCGGUAUGCAUUUCACAUGCCACGUCUGCUUCCAUUCUUCGCAUCCGCAUCAUGCGCUGCAGUGGUUUGAGAACGUAUGUUUGCUUAUUGAUCUUUUUUGAUUAGAAAAUGCUUUAUUAAGUUGGAAUUACUCCCAUGAUCCUGUACAUAGAGUAAUCGAUUGAAUAUGGCCAUUGCAGAACUCCAUGUGCGCCUCUCCGGACUGCCUGUGCCGCUGUCGGAACUCGAGAUAUCCACACAUCAAGCCCUCAAAGUCGACCUCCGUCUACAAUCCUCAGGAUCAUUACUGUUGCGAACAAGUUGCAGAAAACAAGUUGAGAAAAUUUUCAACGAAUCGAUAGACGAAACGUCUUCAGCAAGCGCAGUUUUGAGACGCUUGCCAUGAAACAGAGCCGAAAACAGAAAAAUCUCGUCGAGUUCAUGUCCUUCUAUGAUAUUCCCUGGAAAGAACUCACGAAGCCGCAAUACAGCCUGCAAUUGCGGAUGGUGCACUGCAUGGUGAGCUUUAGAAAAGGGAAAACUUUCAUAAAAACAGAUUCAGUGGACGAAAUAUCAGAAAGACCGCCGCAACACUUGUGACCAUCACUUCUACGAUUUUUUGUACAAAGCAUACGCUCGAUGGUUUGCUUCGUAUCGUUCUUAUUUCUUGUGGAAGUUGUAAGUUAAUUGCAGCGUUCACAACCGGCUGAGAGACAUUUUUGGUAAAAGGCCGUUUCCCACUGAUAGAUUCAAGCCUUGUUGCUCUGAAGCGGAUCAAUCGUCACGCACGGAUGAAUUCACAAAUUUGAACCAAAUUGAAAGUUGUCGUCGCGUCGCCGUAGCUGAAAAGCCAGUCAUUCCGAACGGUAUAUCUCAACAUGUUUUCCUUGAACUUAUAUUUUUUUUCUAGAUUUUAGCGAGAAGAGUUGUAAGAAUCCGUGUAAAUGUAAAUUCUACAAUCAAAAGAAGAAGCCAAUGCAACGCUUGAAACUGUGCCUCAGAGGCAAAAUGAUCGACGCGAUGCCGCAGAAACGCGUGCGACGGCGGCAACAGAGACGACGAUUCGCAGGAAGAAUUUUCGACUGCAUCUACGUGGACAAACAACGCGACGACGCCUCUCACGUCGAGUGCCAGGAGAGAGUUCCUCGCGGAGAUUUUCCGCCGGUCGUCUCCUACAGGCCUAUCCUCAAGGAAGACGACGAUUUGCGGCCUCUGAGACGGAUUUCCUACAUGCCCGGAGACAACUAUGAAACACUUUUUCGUGAGUUUCUCGUCACGAAUAAGGCUUCCUGAAACAGAAAAGUUCUGAGAAAACUAAGUCCUUUGCUUGAAAAAAGAGAAGAAAAAGCCCAAAAUAAGCGUGGAAAAUACAUUUUUUGUAAAAAAAAAAUAAGCGCCGAGAAAAUUUUUAUGAAAGGAUUUGUAGCCUAUUUCGAAGACGGGCCAACUUUCGACGAGAAGAGCAAAUUUCACUUUGUCAGACGCAUUUUGGGAACGAUUUUAGAAGAAACGGAAGGACUCCUCAAGGCCGCUGCUUUCCAGGUUCUCGUUUUUGACCAUAGAACGGGGGAUUUUUCAUUCUAAGAUAGUUUUUAUUUUAGGACAAUUUGUUCGACGAUAAUCAUUCGAGCGAAAGCGACGUUUCUGAAUCAACAGACGAGGAAGAAGAAGAGUUUGAGGAGCCAAAGAAAGAAGAUUAUGUGGACGACUUUCCCGGUGUUCUGAUUGCCAAGGAAGAGUCGGCCAUCUGGAAAACCAAGGAAGAAGAGAUGCUGGAGAGCUUCCCGCGGAGACUCCAGCUGCAGGCCUUUCCGCGCAACGAGUGGUUCCGCGCCUCUCUGCGCACCUUCUACGUCUCGCGCGUUCUCCACAAGGUAUCACCGAUCAACCAAGAGAUUUUCAAGGAUUCUUGGAAAAGCCAAAAGUUGAUGUGUCCUUUUCAACCCAUUGUUUCCGUGCAACAACUUUCUAACUCAAUAAGAAACGUGUUUAGUUUUCGAAAAUUAACUUUUUCUGUUGUCCUCGUCCUCGAAGAUCACCAAUUAUGGAUUUUUUUUUUUGUUUGUUAUUCAGAGGCAAUAUGCUGGGCUGUGAUUACUCAUGAAACAUGUAUUUUCGAAGGAUCUCUCUUGAUUUUUGAAUGGCUACUGCUCAAAAAGAAAAAUUAUAGGAGGACAUUGGGAUUUCUAACGAAAAUCCUUGAUAUGUUUACUGUCAAAAUAUAAUGUGAAGGUGAAAGUAUGCUUGUUUUUGCAGAUUAUUCCUACAAUUCGAAUUCAAAAAGUAAUGGAGAAGUUUAGCCAACCCGAUUUCUUCAUUCUCGAGAAACCAUCAUCAUUUGAACUACUCUUGCAAUUUGAAAGGGAAGUUUUCAGGCAUACCAGCUAUUGAUGAGAGACGAAGAGCAAUGGACAAACCUGCGGUUUCUGAUUCAUCGUCAGAGAUAUCGCGAGGCCGUGAGACGCAGAGCAGCUCGGAAUCCACAUGGAAAACAGCCGAGCGUCGCGGAGUUGCUCAGCGCGAUGACGCUCUCGAAAAGCCUCGGAGCGGUGCGCGGAAUCGAGGGAGAGCCUGGGAGACAACUCGCGAUGGACAUCGCUCAACAAAUGCCCGGGGUGUUGACCGUCUACAAGAAGGACUGCGAUAUAAUCACCUGCAACUACCACUCGAACAGAAUCUCCCAAAUGAUCCAAGAGGAACUCAAAACUCCAGAAGUCGCCGAGAUCGACACCGACAGCAGCAGUGGCACAUGCCGUCAGUUCUUAUUAUUUAUUCUCGCCGAAAGUUUUUAAAAUAAGUGAGAUAGAAGUUCUUGAAUCGAAACAAUAAAAAGGGUUGUGAAAUGCAGGAAUCAAUUUUCAAUAAAUUUGUUUUUCUUGAUGCGCUAAAAAAAAAAAUUAAAAUUAAGACUUUUACAUGACAUUGAAGCUUUUGAAAGAAUUUUAAAGUUAUAGUAAAGCUUUUCGAGUAUGAAAUGGAUUAGACGAGAUGUCUUAUUGCUUUUCUGCAGCGUCGACUCCUUCGUAUGACUCGACGGUGUCGUCAUUCAGCGACGAAGCGGCCGACGUGAUCGACAGCGAGGAGCUGGACGAGGUUCGCGUUGUCCGUCAGAGGGCCAUGGGACCUCUGGCCGAUUUCGACUCUCUCUGCCUCCGCUGGACACAGUGUCCCGAUGAACACGGCCCCUUCUGGAAAAAGCUUCGACGAGAUCGCGCCGAGGAGAUUUUUCCUCCUGACAUCGAAAAACCUCUAAAUUGUGAGUUUCAGCAAGAGGUAAUCAUAUUCAAUCCCCAAAGUACCGGUUAUUCUACGCUUCUUUGCUUUUUUCAAUUACAUGAAGAAAGAUUUUUGAAAUUCAGUCGGAAUUUAUUCAAUGCCGUGUUUAAAGUAAUUUUCGCGAAAUGCAAAAUGCAAAAUUAACUCUAACUCUCUAUAAUUUAGUUAUCUUUUUAUAUCUCUCACGGCUAUUUUAGAUUUCGCGGAAUAACUUUGAACACGGCACAAUAAAUAUUUAUUGUAAAUGAUGAAAAUUCUUUUAAGGCGAGAAAAGCGUGGAAGAAAUGAGAAAGAAUGACAACGGUUUCACAAACGUUAGUGACAGUCGACAAGUUCGUCGAAGGAUCCGCAAGAUUUGUUGGAAGGCCGUGCAAAGAUGGAAGGAGAGCUGUCCCACUCGAAAAGGUUCAAAAUUGUUUCAGACACUGUCUUUCAGUUUCUGACUCCGUCUUGAUGAGUACGUUGUAUUGCAGCGAAGCAAGUCGCUGAAAUACCUUUUGUCAUCAAAGAGAUGCACUUGGCCGAGCUUCGCCGAAUGAACAAUGCCACGAAAAGAAAGAUGAAGGGAGAGGCAGCGAACUUCGAGGUUGGAUCUUAGGACGUAGAGUUUUCGCUCAAAAUUCUUUGCCUCAUGAAUUGUCGCCUUAUAACAUCUACGGCAUUCUCCUAUAUUCAAAAUGAAUUUGAAAUAGUUAGCAAAAAAAUAUUUUAAUUUUCGCAAAAAAGCAUUAUUUAUUCUCUCUUUCCGUUAAAAGGUGAAUAGAUGUCAGCCAUCGCUAUAAUACUGCUAUUCUUCGAGAAAGUAUACACCUCAAGAAACUUCUGGAGUGAACGCGAAAAAAAUAAUAAAUAUUUACUUCUUUAGAAGAUUAAUGUUUUGUAAAAAUUGAACGCUCACAGAAAACCUGCAUUUUUGCAGGUUGUCGAAGUCGGCAAUCCGCAGGACCCUGAAUUGAGAGUCAAACUAUUUGGAGAGGCCUGUCCCGAGGACGAUCAGCGUUUCCAACAGAUUCAAAAGAUAAUAUCCCUUGACAACGAGUUGAUCGACGGGGCAAUGGUGUCGGUGAAGGGGAGAUGGUACCGCCGAACUCUCGUCUGGUAUAUCAACGUGGAUCUGGAAGAAGACGAAGACCUGCCGGACGAGAAGUUCGAACUCAUCCAGCAGGAGCUGUUCGAGAAGAUGUGCGCCGAGCGCAGCAACUACUUCGAGGCGCCUUCCGACACGCCACUCGAGGCCCUUCUCGAAAGAUUCGGAGACACACUUGAAGAAGACGCCAACUUCGACUACUCCUUCGAGCCGUUCAACAAUUGGAGACUUCGCCAGACGCUCCAAGACGAGAUCAAGGACUUCGUCGCCGGCGAAAGCCCUGAUGAUUUCGGCGAUGCGUGUAGCUUCAAGUCACUUCAGCACUGCACCAAACCUCAAUUAAACGAGGUUUUCUACAUGUCAAAACCGUUUUCAAACAUGUAUUCUGUUGACUGCUUUUUGAAACCUUAAAAUUAGGAAAGUAUACCUUUAAAUCUUAAUCGAAGUAAAUGUCCAGAAACACAACUUCAUUCUUAGUUACCAUCAACAUUGAAAUUCUGAGAAUCAGAAAUUUCGUUUUUAUUUUUGACGGUCAACCUUAAUAGGGAACUACUCGGACUCGGGUACUGGUUUCGAGUUGAAACUUUAGUGGUUUAGAGACCCAAGUCAGAAUACUCUAAAACAAGAAAGCAUAUCUGCUAAAGCCGACUGAGAAAAAAUUAGUAGAAAAUAAGAAAAUUAAGCUUGAAAAUUUUCAGAAUAGUGCUUUUUGCCUUAUUUUAUAUUUUAAUACAAUCGCCUUGGAUGAUCCGGCUGUGAUACAUUCUAAAAAACUUUUUUCCAGCGAAAAGAAGGAGGAAAGCAAAAAUUUGAUAAUUUUCAAGCCUAAACUGUUCAUUUUCAAAAAGCUUUUUCUCAGAAGCCUAUGGGGUUUAGCAGAUAAUCUCUCUUGUUUCCAAGUACUCUUGCCCGGGUCUAUAAGACACCAAAGUUUCAACUCGAAACGCGUACCCAAGUCCGAGUAGUUUCCUAGUUAGGCUUUGGCGAUUCUUUUUUGUAUAAUCGCUGAUAAAAUGCUUAAGCUCCGGUUCAAUAGUCCAACGGCGUUUCCCUCAUGCGUAUUGGAGUUGGAUGAAGAACUGCUCCUCCGUUCGACGGAAUUCGAUGACAACUGGUAUCAAAACACAAUCAAGAUAGUCUCCUCACAAGUCGACUUGAUGCGAAAAGUAUCCCAGAAGUUCUCCUGAAGAUCUUUCAUUUCCUUUUCAGAUUCUGCAUCGCCGACUUGUGACCAGCGCCCUUGACACUUUUCUGCCUGGUCUCGUGCGCCGUUUCGGGACGAUCAUUUUCAAACCAGGGGUUCUAAAUCGCUUUCUACAGUCAUGAUCUUUUUUUCGCUUCAGUUUUUCUCUGAUUGCCAGUUCUUCGCAUACUUUGACAUGGACCUGAAGCCCUGCAUUCUGCAAAUCAAGGCCGCAGAGGCUUUGACUGGCCCGAGGAGAAGAAUCGAGUGUAUACGUCAGGCCGUCUCUGAGUGAUUUUUGCUUUCUUUUUACGGGAUUAUUUCCUAAUCUCAGAUCCAAGUGUCAGCUCGAUCUGUGGAAAUUGACCAACGGGAUAUCUAGUGAUGUUCUACAGGCCGUUCCCAAAAUAAAAGGGCGUGAUUAUGUGAGUGGAGAGAUUUGAUCCAGUUUUUACUUAGGAAACUCAAAGAAAAAAGCGCCGAGUUGGCAAAGAACUUUUUCUUUCAAGUGGAUUUCGAAAGCUUCAUUUCUUGAAAACCCCAGCGAAUCACAUCACAGUUGCAUUCUCAAGAACAUACUAAGAUUCAAACGAGUAAGCGGAAUAAUAGGAACAGAACCCUCUCAGUUUCAUCUUUGGACCAAAAAAGUUCUUAAAAUAGAUUUGUUUUUCAUAGGUAAGCAUCUAACGGGACUUCUUGUUUUUUCGUUUAUCUCUUGAAAAGUUUUUUUCAGAGUCCUUUCAAAAUUAUGUAAGCCUCACGAAGUCAGAUGCCAUCUGACUCAAAGUCUGGUUCUUUCUGAGAAAGUUCAUGAUGUUGCAGAAGACUAUGGAGCUGCGACUGCGGCUUUCUGCUGAGGCGAGCAAAACGAGUCAAACUUUUUCCAUCGAAGAGAGCCAAAGUAUCGUUCAAGUCAGUUCUGUUUCACUCUCCGAAGUCCCUGUUCUUCGCCAAAAAUGGUCUUCUUACAGGAGUUGAUGAGGACAGGAUUGGCGAAGAAUUCGUCAAGACGAAGGAAGAUUUUCGCGCCUUUUUUGGCGAGUAGGGUUUUCACUUUUUACGAAGUCAAUGAUUUUAGGGAGUCUUAUAUAGAAAAGAAGGAGAAAACAUGCGAGCAGAAGCGAUUCGACAGGCCAAAGCAAGAUGUUCUGUUUUUCGGCUGUUUUUCAAUAAUAAAUGGAAUUCCAGACAAAAUAAUGCAGAAAUAUGCCUAUGAAAUCUACAGAAUUCAUCGGAAUCCUGAUAAAUGUUUUGCUGCGCUUCUCUGUGGUUUGCCAUUCCUUUCUUUUUUUAUAAGCUAUACAAAAAUUUCAUAAGAUUCUUUUUCUCGCUUCACUUAUUUUUUUAGAAGAUAGGUUUUAUUUCCCAUUUCUGUCUAGUUUUUUUAGAGAUUUCAAUAAAAAUAAGAAAAAUAAUCCUAGACAGUUUAGAGAAUCAGAAGGUAGAAUCCGCCGAAGAAUACGUCGCUCGAGUGCUUCAUGAUUAUCUGUGGCCGAAAAUCGGUAGCUUCUUGGUUCUCGAAAAAAAAAGUUCAAUAAUGAGUUUCAGGACCUUUGAGCCGCCAUAAAACUGCGAGAAAUUGGUAUAUUUUCAAUAUUUGUUUUUAUGGGAAUCCGAAUGGUCGCAAUCGAAGCGUACAGGUUGUUCCAAAGACAGCUAGUCAAGGAUUGAUGAGACAUGUUCAGCUUCUGAAUCUCAAAGACGAAAAGGAGCACUUCGAGAAACUCCGCCAAAAUUACGAACCUUUUGACGCUCGUCGGCGCGUUAAACUUGCCAACGUUGUUUUCGAAACGUCAGUUACUUUAAUUCCUUUUCCUUCGUUUAUAGUACAGCCGAGUUUGAAGGUCCAGCGAAUUGAUGGCGCGCGUUUGUCCCCUCGCUAACACGGAACGUGCCAGAAAUCGCUGGAAAAAAGUGAGUACGCCGGCCAUUUUUAUUGUCUUACAUCACUAGAAAACAUUCACCUCCUAGGUUUUCGAAAAGUUUCGGAUAUUCGUAAAGAGUUUAGAGAAACGAUCGGAAGUUGUUGAUUUUCUUUUUGAAAUUUUAGGUCAGUUCUAAGAAGAUUUCCGUUUCAGAGACGUCAUUCAAAUUAAGUAUUAAUUUAUUGUUCGGGAUGAAACAUCAGCUAUUUUUCGUGUCUAAUGGCAUACCUUUUCAACUGUUUGUUUUUUUUUAAAGGAUAAUAAAAGUUGUUCUGAAAUGCUUCAAGAAUUUUUUUCUUCGUUCUGAUAAAUGCUCCCCACGUCAUAAAUAUGAUUAUUACUUUUUGACUUGCUUGAAAACUUUUUUGCAGCUGGUCACGAAAUCUCAUAUGCGUCAACGGCCGCUUCUAGACCAGAUGGUGACACAGGAAAAAAUUCGAAAAGAGGUUUCGGAACAGGAAUUUCGUUCAUUUUGACAAAAUUUCAGGAUCCGGCUGUCGGAUACCUUGUCGCGAAAGAAUUGAUUCCGAAGUUACCAUCUAAAGACCAAGUCUUCGGCCUUUUGAAGGCCAAACGUCCCCCGUGUUCGUUCCCUGCGGUUCGUUUCUUCCCAGAGUUAGUUCCGAACAUUUCUAGUCGCUCACAAGGGUUCAAAUAAGGUGUUUCAAAAGGGUUCAUUAUCACUCGAAUGAAUGGAGGACAAGUUCAAUAUAACUGAAGUCGAUUCUGUUAGUUUGUUGAUUACGUCUUGAUGAACUUGGUGCACCUACAAUCAAAAUUUCUUCUUUCGUAGCUAUUUGAGAAUGUUUUCAAUUGAGAAAAGUCCUUAUGCACCGAUUGAAAUUAUUUUAUGUGUAGGCAACAAAACUUGCAUUUGGAAACUUUCUCGCAUUUCCCGAAUAAAAAAGUGAAUGAAAUCAGAAAAAGUGUUAUUCAACUCAAAGAAUUUCAAGAGACCGAUAGAAAUUCAAGAAUCGUUUUUCCAAAAAAAUUGCGGCGUAUGAGUGUAAAUCAAAUUCCAGAUGCCUCACAAGUUCUUGCCGAAAAAAGAAGGCGUUUACGUCCCACCGAAUAGAAGACCCUCCGUGCAGAUAGAAUUCCGCGAAGAUGCCUGUCAGCUGCAACAAGAGACAGUCGAAGAAGAACAAGGUCUCGUCGAGUUCAUCCAGGAGCCGGAGUUCGAGGAUUGGGGAAGUGACGGAGAGGAAGAAGAGUCUGAGAUCGAGCAAGAAGUGAAAAACUCGGCUUCGAGCAGAUUCGGCGAAAAACGUUUCCUGCGUCCUGUCAGAAGACCGAAAGACGAAGAUUUUUCCGACGAGGAAGGCUCUGUGAUGUCCGACGAAGAGGAAGAGAAUGACGACGACGUCCUCUCCGGCUCCAGUUCAGAUUCGGACGACGAUCUGACGUUAGUGGAAGAAGUCGUUCGCCACUCCAAAGAAGAGCCUUUGACUGAAGAGGUCGGCUAUUUCGAUGUGGGAGCGGCAGAGAAGAAUAUGUCGGUUUUUAGGAGAAACGGCUAGUGGAACGGCGCAGAAGAGUCGAUUCUCAGCGAAUGUCGAAGCCUCGGAUGCUUUGGCAUGUGUAGUCCUGACCAGCAAAAACUGUGAAUCGAUGGGCCUUCUUUUCUUGUACUUCGUAUUGUAUAUUUCACUUUAUCCUCAAUCAUAGUAAAUAUGUAAAUAGCUCUCUAAGUCGACCUGGUGAGGUUAACAUACUAAUGGGUUAUUUCUUGACUUUUCACUCGGUUGAUUAUUUAUUUUACAGACAUUGUUCCCUCACGGCUUUAAUUUCUUGUCGAAUUGCCUUUUUACGUUGGAAUAGUUUGAACAAAACUCUUAUGCUGCCUCAGGUUGUCAGAAUACAUUGUUUUGAUUUUGUUCCGGAGAGUUUCUUCACUCGAUCAGGGUUACGAGGCCUGGAGUGUCUUCAAUCAUCUUUAAACAAGAAAAGUUAGUUUUUUGAGCUCGAUGCAAUGUUUGCGAGGAGCCAGACAUAUCCGCAGCUUCUCCAGGAUCCAGACAUGGCGAGCGAAUAUAAACACCGCGAUUAGGCAGUGUGAGAUAAAGGUCACAAGGUUUGGGAUUUGUUUCCAAAAAGAUUCAAAUACAUAUUUGAGGCGGACUUUACUGGCUGGAGGCGUGACGUUUCUGGCGUGGCAGAGAGGCUGGAGGACUGCCUCAUGUGAGGACGACCCAUGGCUUCUGGUUCCGACCCAGGUGGCUUCUCAGCGCCAGUCUUUGGAUAAUAUAAUUCCUUCUCACCACUCGAAACAGUAUCUGAAAAUAUGCUUAACAUUUUUUUUUUCAAAAAAAGUUUUCGCGUAAGUUGAAAGGCAAGUUUACAUUCACAGCGACGUUUUUGAUACUUAAGCGAACAGUUCAUAAUAUAUUAUUCGUUCCUUUUUCAAUUACUGUUUUAAUUUCGAUUUUUAUGAGCAGAUUUAUUUCAGAAGGUUGUUGUGCAGAAAUCGGUGGCGUUGAAUGUCCUUGAGUUGCCGUUAACUUUGGUAAUUUCCACGUGGAGACUGAUUCGAAAGUUCAUUAGGUAUUUUUCUUCUCCAAAAAUUCUCAUGAGAAUUUAUCACGCUGUCUCUGUAAUUUUCAAAAGUUUUCAAAAAGAGUGGGUACAAUAGAUAAAAUAUUUUUUGAUUUUGAUGAAACUUCACCCACUGUGAUAGUCUGUCAUCAGAAAUGCCGACGCAAGUUUUCAGACCGAUUCCUCCUACCGUCGCUAGGUUGCGGUAGGCAGGUGCGUCUUCUCGUAAGUAAGCAUCUAUGCGUUUUUUCUAGGCGUAUUGUAUAUCAAUCGAUAGGGAAUGCAAUUUUAGGAACUUUUUCAGUCAUGGUUUACUGUAGAAAUUUUUUGAGUUACGGUAGUUUUUGUGUCUGCGAUUUUGGUUUUUCCCUCACUCUGUGUGUUCGGGGAGAGACCACGGCUGGUAACUUUCCUGAAACAUUAUUCUCAGCAAUACCUACGGAGAGAUACCACUUUGAAAUGGAUCUGUCCUACCGGUCAUUUCGGAAAAUCGCUUCGAAGAGGCUCAACUUGGCAUCUGUCGGGGAAAAUCGCCCGCGGUUAGAGAUUUCUACCUCUCUUUUCUCGUCAGAUCCGGUGCUAAAGUUUGUUUCAUUUGAUAGUGCAGGGUUGUACUUCAUAGAUGAUAAUGUUUCCUCCGACUUUCAGCCUACCCGUCUAGCUCUGAAUUCAGUUUGAAGUCGAUUUUGGCCUCAAAACAGCGAUUCUCAGAUUCCGACGUUUUUUCCUGAGCUCAGUCCUACUGAGGCUGGGCUCCAAAGUGUCUUUUAUUACUUUUACUUGUCACAUGACUUGUUUGAUCAAGAAAAAUCUGUGUUUGAGCCUACCUGUUUAUCUCAAAAUUCAAUUUGAAGCCGAUUUUGGCCUAAAAACAGCUAUUUUCAGAUUUCAACAUUUUUUUCUGAUCUCAUUCUGUUUUAGUCAGGUCUUUGAAGUGUUUUUCACCUUCCUUCUAUGCUGUAUGAAACAUUUCAUCAAGAAAAAACUGCAUUUGAGCCUACCCGUCUAGCUCAAAUUUCGGUUUGAAGCCGAUUUUGGCUUAGAAACAGUGGUUUUCGAUAUUAUGUCAUCCUUCUGGAGUAAUUAUCAAUAGAUAAAAUCUGUCUCUCAUAAUUUGAAUUUGCUUUAGAUUGAAAUAAACCAAAUUGAACCUGUUUUUCAAGCGCUUUUCGACUUUGGAGAUUUUGACGAGAAAAUAAAUGUCUUCAUCAACUUUUCUGCUCUCGAAAAAUAUCAUUCACAAAAUUUGGGAUACGUUAUAAUAUAAUCAAGGCGCUGAAAAACUCUCUUGUGAAUUUGUUCAUCAGGGAUUCAAGCAAGAAUAAGCCAAACGUUGCCUUCAAACUGAAUUUUGAGCUAGGCGGGUAGGAUCAAAAACAGUUUUUUUCUUGGUAAAACUGUUUAUGCGACAUUUAAAAAUUAUUAAAAAAAAACUUUAAAGACCUGACUUAAACAGAAUAAGAUCAGAAAAAAAAAAGUUGAAAUCUGAGAAUCGCUGUUUUGAGGCCAAAAUCGACUUCAAACUGAAUUCAGAGCUAGACGGGUAGGCUGAAAGUCGGAGGAAACAUUAUCAUCUAUGAAGUACAACCCUGCACUAUCAAAUGAAACAAACUUUAGCACCGGAUCUGACGAGAAAAGAGAGGUAGAAAUCUCUAACCGCGGGCGAUUUUCCCCGACAGAUGCCAAGUUGAGCCUCUUCGAAGCGAUUUUCCGAAAUGACCGGUAGGACAGAUCCAUUUCAAAGUGGUAUCUCUCCGUAGGUAUUGCUGAGAAGAAUGUUUGAGGAAAGUUACCAGCUGUGGUCUCUCUCCUAACACACAGGGUGAGGGAAAAACCAAAAUCGCAGACACAAAAACUACCGUAACUCAAAAAAUUUCUACAGUAAACCAUGACUGAAAAAGUUCCUAAAAUUGCAUUCCCUAUCGAUUGAUAUACAAUACGCCUAGAAAAAACGCAUAGAUGCUUACUUACGAGAAGACGCACCUGCCUACCGCAACCUAGCGACGGUAGGAGGAAUCGGUCUGAAAACUUGCGUCGGCAUUUCUGAUGACAGACUAUCACAGUGGGUGAAGUUUCAUCAAAAUCAAAAAAUAUUUUUUCUAUUGUACCCACUCUUUUUGAAAACUUUUGAAAAUUACAGAGACAGCGUGUUAUUAAGCGAACUAUUUAAAAAAAAGAUACAAAUAGCAUACAUCAAGGAAUUGACCAAUUGUGUCUUCCAAAUUUUUAAAAAAUGUAACAGGGUAACAAGUUUUCAUUGUAAAAGCCAAAAAUGGGGAGUUAGCAGGCUUACGUGUUUGCAUUUAAAAACUUGAAAAAUCCUAGAAGUGAAGGAAAUACGAAUGUUUUCACAGAACCGCAAGUUUUUUAGUAAGAGCAUCAAGAUAUUUUAUUUGUAAACUCGUGGGGGUCGUUCACGUUCAUGCACACAAUCUUUGGAAACGCAUUUAACCGCAAUAUAAUUCUCGCAAUUUGUUCUUGAGGCCUAUCCCCUCGGAAUUAUAUUGGGCCCGUUUUCAGAUGUGUUUCUUUGUUCCUGCGGUUUGCCCCUCUUCUAGCGGUCUAUCCACUGGCCAGCCGUGUCCAAGCACUUGACGAUUUUUGGUGGAGGAUUCUGUUGUACGUCGUGCAGGUACUGAAAAAUGGUUGAUGCAGCGAAUGUGUGCUCAGAGUAGUGGACCGACGUUCAUAAAGCUGGGACAGUGGGCCAGUACUCGUCGCGACGUCUUCAGCAAGAACUUCUGUGAUCGGGUUUUGCUUCUCUCUUUGCAGUGCGAAUAAUCUCGUUCAGCUCUCCGUUCUGCACACCAAGACGCGGAAGAAGCGGCGAUUCCGUGACGCCGAGCCAAUCAUCGACUCUCUUUUUGGAAAGGUAUCUUUUCCAUUCAACUGCUACUGAUUGAAAAUUUUUUUUUUUUUUUGACUCGAAAAAGUGAUUCAAUAUGUGCGAUAACAGUCUUUAAUACCUUCUGGAGAGAAGUUUCCGAAAUCGUCGUGUUUAUCUUUGUAUCCUCGCUCCUACAAAGAUGUUUUCAGAAUUUUGUGAAGAAUCAUGGAAGAGAUGUCUUCACUGCGGUCGAGCCAUUCUCCAUCGGAUCCGGCUGCAUUGCGCAGGUCUACUGCGUCACAGUCAAUGUCCCUGCUUUCGAAAAGGCUGUUGGGCGAAAGUUCCCGCAAAUCGAAGGAAAAAAAGAACAGAAAAUCGCCAUCAAAGUAUUUUUGCCCUGCAGUACGAUUUCACAAACAAGCGCGCAGUGAUUUCAGGUUGCCGAGCCAAAUGUCGAUGAGAAGAUUGAGUUGGAUUUGUCGAUUCUGAGGACGGGAGCGUACGUUUUAGAAAAGGUUUUGUGUUUGUGAUAAGCACUCAAGAAUGGAAUGUAGUUGAUCCCGUCGCUGUGGUACUUGGAUCCAAAGGGAGCUCUCGAACAGUUCGAAAUGGUCCUUCGACGGCAGGUCGACCUCAGCAACGAGGCCAAAGCGCUCUUGGUAAAUAAGUGAAACGGGAAUAGUUAGUUGGACAAGCUUUUCUUCAGAAGUUCUCCGAGAAUUUCGACGCGAAAACCAGUGGAAUACGCUUUCCUUUGGUUUUUGGCUACACGAAAGAUGCGAUCGCCGAGUCUUUCGAGGAGGGCGUGUACAUAAAUCGACUUGUGGCCGAAGACAACAAUCCGGAUGUUAGUGUCAAUGUUUGAUUAUCCGAGAGAGAGAAGCUGUGUGAGCUCAACGAGAGAAUUCGGGCCUCCAAUCCUUGAUCCAUUGGUUGUUGGAGCUAUUAAAACUACCUGAAAAAAUUCUAUAUCUUCGUUUUCCCAUUUUUGACUGAAUUGAAGUUUUUGUGAGGUUGGGCAAGCUUCAGCUGAAGUCCCGACAAUCCUCCGCUGUCCGGAGAAGGAUAGCGUUGAUGGGAGCGCGGACGCUUCUGAAGAUGAUCUUCGUCGACAACUUUGUCCAUGGCGAUCUGCAUCCAGGCAACAUCCUUAUCAGGUUCUACUGAAGGCUUUUUUCGGUUCUCAACUAGUUCAGGUUCAACGACAACGAAGCUCAUUUGGAAGGCGUGCACAAAGCGCCGACGUCGGAUUCCUUUGCUAGGAGAGCGGUUGGUAUUUUGGCCUUUUCAGAAAUAAAAAAAAGGUUGAGACUCGAAAUAAUAGCUGGAUAUGUUGAGGUUGACUUCUUGCGAUCGGCGCUGAAUUGGCGAUCCGCGCCACGACUGCGAUUCACGGAGUCGCCAGACAUGGGCGACGAGCCGACGCUGGUCCUGCUCGACACGGGAAUCGCCAUCUCGGAGACGCCCAACAACCUGAACAACCUCAAGUCGUUGUUCCGCUGCGUGGUCGAGAAGAGGGGCUACGAGGUCGGCAAGCUGCUUCUCUCGCAGUCUCCCAACCAACAGUGCACCGAGCCCGAACGUUUCUGUCGCCAGGUACUCCCAAUCGGCUUCUUCUCAACUUUCAUGUUUUCAGGUCGAAGCUCUCGUUUUGAAAGCGCGAAGUGAGAAAAGCUUAAGAACGGUUGGUUCCCUUUCAUAUAAAAUCAAAAUUGGCAUCCCACUUUCAAGUUUUUUUUGGAAAAAAUAGAAAGAAAUCAAUGCUUGAUAAAAAGUUUCCUAAGUGUACGAAACAGGCUGAAGCCAUUUGAUUGAUUGGAUUUUUUGGUUAGAUGGUUUUUCACUGUACCUAAUCUUGGUUUGGAACGUAGUUAAAAAGUGAUUUUUUAAAAAGCGGUGAAAUGAAAAAACAAAAUUUUUUUAAAAUCUUAUUUUGGGAUCGACACGCGGAAAUCGCCUUCACCUUUGAUCAAGAAAUCAUAGACUAGAACCAUGAAACCAACCACUGAUCUGUCAUAUGUUGAUUAUUACUUUUAAAAAUAGUCAGGAAAAAUAUUUAAGAUUUUCCAUCAUAAUUUGAUAUUGGAAGAGGAAGAGUAUUAACAAUAAAAAAUCUGGAACAUUGGGGACUAAGAUAUUCGCGAAAACAAAAAAAUUUAUUGAAUAUUGGUGGAAAAAUAGAUGAAUAGGCAAAAAAAAAAUCGGUUACGAUGUUGCUCCAAGAUAAGCAAUUUUUUAUCAAAACGAGAGGGAUCCAGAAUAGAAUAUGGGCUUUAGACGACAUAUUUUGACCUCAAAGAAUAUCAGUUAGACGAUUUUUUUUGCAGUUGAACAUCUCGGCUUUGCUUUCGGAGAUGUUCACUAUAGUGGCUGAACACAAGGUGGAGCUGGACUCCUCUUUCACGACGGUCGUGCUCUCUGUGAUGGUCCUCGAGGGCUUCGGCCGUUCCCUCGACCCGGACCUCGACCUCUUCCAAUGCGCCAGACCUUAUCUCCUCAAUGUCCUUGUUUAA